AUGGAAUUAGCACACGUAGAAUUUAAAAUAGGGAAAUUCAAGGGUAAGACCUUCGAAGAGGUAUGUGAGUCUGAGCAUAACUACAAUCAGUGGAUUCUUUCCAUCCCCAACGUCACGGGGCAAUUAGCUGAUUAUAAGCGCUACAUCCUUUGCAAAACAAAACAGUCCCUAGACCAAGACACAGUCAAUUUCCAUAAACAUUCAACUCGCACAUUACAUUCUAUAACUACGGAUAAUAAGGUGAGAAUUAUUGCUAGAAAAACUACUCAUGAUGACCACCCCGUUACAUGCUUGGUGAAACGACAAAAUGAAAAACCAAUUUCACUCAUAUCGAAAAAAGUCCACAUAUUAGACAGUAAAACUUCUAGUGGCAAGGUUAAUACUACAUCAAGCUCAAGUCCUCUUUCCAUGUCCAUGGCCACUGGCAAUGAUCAAAUUGAUGACAAUUUUCAAAUGUUUUUUGUGAACAUUAAUAACAAUUCUGACUGCUCAAGCAAUAUGCAAUGUCAAAAAAAGAAAAAUGUGGACGGAACUAUAUCUUUUGAGAUAAUUGAUGAUGAAAAUUUUAAGUUAUUACACAAAAGAUACGGCUACAACAAUCGUAUUCCCUAUGAGGUAUAUAACACAUUAGACAAGUUUAAUCCCGUGGUUCGCCUGAGAGAUAAUGACCGAAUUGUGACUUUUAGGGCUGAAGUUUACGGUGGACUACUUGAUCAUUUGAAGCAAAACUUUAUUUUUGAGAGUGAAAUUGAGGAAUUGCCUGUGUUUGUAAAGCGUGCAUUUCCACACUUUUGCAAUGAUAUCCGAUUAAAGCCAUAUAACAUAUCAUAUAGUACGACAAUAGAUAAAGAUGAGGUUAGGACCAGAAUUGGAGAUUUGUUGUAUGAUUCAUUAAAGCCAUUUCAGAGGCAGGGCGUUGAAUUUGGAAUUUCACGGGCUGGUAAGCUCAUACUUGGUGAUGAAAUGGGAUUGGGUAAAACAUUACAAGCGUUGGCAAUUGCCGCCUACUAUCACAACGACUGGCCAUUAUUAAUCGUUUGCCCUUCAUCUUUGCGCUUCCAGUGGAAAGAUGAGAUAUUGAGUUGGCUCCCGCAUUUGGUAAAUGAAUUAGAAAUUUACACUAUCAAAACAUCAAAAAUUAAAGACUUAUCCUUGAGAAUACACAAGAUUUUAAUAUUAUCGUAUGAUCAUUUAGUGCGAAUUGGUGGAUAUUUACAACAUUAUGCCUGUGUUGUGUGUGAUGAAUCACAUUUUAUUAAGAAUAAAAAUGCCAAACGCACAAAAGUGUUAUUGCCAAUUAUGAAAAAUGCCACUAGAGUUAUUUUAUGUUCUGGUACACCUAGUUUGAAUAAUCCAUCGGAAUUAUACCAUCAAAUUGCGCCGCUUGUCGAUAAAUUUGCAAGUUUUAAUGAUUUUGCCAAUAGAUAUAGUUAUUCUAGCAUCCAUAAGUUUUCAAGAAAAGUAAAUUACAAUGGUUGCAAACAUGGUGACGAACUACACUCAUUUUUAGUAAGAACCAUUAUGUUACGACGACUAAAAAAGAACGUACAAAAGGAUUUACCAUCGAAAAUUAGAUCCAAGAUAAUAAUUGAUAUAUCUAUGGAAUUGAAAUCUAAAUUUAUCCCAUUGUUGGCACAGAUUAAAAAUAAAGAGGAUAUUGUGGAUAAUAAUGCAAUUGUGGAGCUAUUCAAUUUUACAUGUGAGGCUAAACGAGAGGGUGUAUGUGAUUAUGUUAACUAUUUGGUGGGAAAUAACCACAAAUUCAUUCUAUUUGCCCAUCAUAUAUCCAUGUUAGAUUCUCUGGAGGGCUGUGUGCAGAAGUCUGGCGUAGAUUAUAUACGUAUUGAUGGUAGCACUAGCCAGUGCAAACGGGAAGAUCUGGUGAAGCGGUUUCAAACUUGCGAAGAUUGUAAAAUAGCAAUACUGAGCUUAACUGCCUGUGGACAGGGACUGAAUUUGACUGCCGCUUCAAUUGUCGUUAUGACGGAACUUUACUGGGUACCAGGGUUGUUAUUUCAGGCGGAAGAUCGCGCCCACCGAAUUGGCGCGCAAGGUGUAACGCAUGUAUACUAUUUGAUCGCAAAAAACACCCUAGAUGAAGUUAUUUGGAGGCUUGUUAGUAGAAAAUGGAAGGAUGUAACGAAUACGUUGGAUGGGAAGAAAGAGAAUAUACUUAUGGAUUCAGACGAUGCUGGUAAUAAUAAACAAUCAAACAUGCUGUCAUAUUUGGUCUAA